AUGCAACGAUCAGGUGUGGAUCAAAAAAUUCUCAAGACUCUACUGAAGUUGCAGAGGGAACUUGAUAUCACAGCAGAUCAGCAAUUCAUGUGGUUGUGCCUAUUACCAAACACUUUGAAAGAGAAAUGGGCUUUGCUUGCCUCAGUAAUACCUGCGUUGAAAUGUGAUGAAAUAUGGAUAAGUUGUGAAAAUAUAUUGAUGUCAGUCCUGUGGAGAGCUCAAGCGCAUCAUUCUAGUGGCUCCAUGACAUCUGACUGCUUGCUUGCAUGGUUCAUUAGUAAUUGUAUUGAUCGUCAAAACUGUGCUCGUUUCCUGGCGAACUGCUUGGUAUCUUCCAAUCGAAUGCGCCGCUUAAACUGUUCACGGUUUUGGCUGGCGAAAUUGAAUAGUACUAUCAAGUCUAAAUUGAUAAUGGAAGAAACUGCUGAAGUUAUCUUGCAAAUGAUUUCGACAGAAAAUCAAUCUUUCGAGCAAGCCAACGAGGACUGUUAUCUUACUGAAGAGGAAAUGUCUGAUUUGAUUUACAUGGAUAAUUUCUCGAAUCCAGAAAAAGAAGAAAUGGUUUGGAUGCGUUAUGAUCGUCUUUUAUAUGGAUGGAUUUCUAUUCAAAAAUUUUUUAUUCGUGCAUUGAGAAGCAAUGAAAUUGGCUUAUUGCACGAUUGCUUGACUUCAUAUCAUUCAUUAUUACGUCUAGAUGCACUUGAAUUAUCGAAAAAACUGAUGAAUAAGAAAUUGUUCGAUUGGUCUCGUCAAUUCGGUAGUGUGAAAUCCUUUGUGCUGCAAAACUUGAAUACCACUGAUUCCAAUUUCUAUGUAGCACUCCUGGACCUUGUACGUAUCUCGAAUGCAAAAGCACGUAAGCGUUUGGAAGUGGCUUUGCUUAAAGAGCUUGAUGGUAUUUGGAAUGAUCGAGGUCGAUCGUAUCAGACUGCGUUUGUUCUGGAACUUCUUACGCAGUGCGGUUUUGAUAAAUGGUUUGCUUUUACACCGUUGAUGGAUUCAAUUUUUAACAGUGGCAUUGCAAAUAUAAGGAUAAAACUAAUGAUGUGUUUGUCACCUUCGAAGUUUGAUUCUCAUAUUUUUCUGACCCGUAAAUUUGUGGAAAUGCUCAAUAAUGAUAGCACGGAUGGUUUAAGUUAUCUCGUGAAAAUAAUGUUGCAAUUCAAAGAACCGAAAGAGAUUUUCGAUUUGAUGAAGAAAACUAAGCACAAAGAUUCGAAUGGUGUAAAGAUUGCAUUGACUUCACUGAUAGAGAAUUUUGCUGGCGAAUCCGUUUUUGAUCCUUCUUUCUGGUGUGACGUUUGUGUUAAAUCCAACAUUGAUUUGGUUUCAUUCAGUGGCAGUAAAUAUAGUGGGCAAUGCGUAUCACUUCCUGAACUGUACAGAAGACUGUAUCCUUCAGCUUCUCCAACACUGAUGAUAAGCGAUGAACAACGUAAAGCAGUCGAUCAGUACUACCAUACCUUAAAAAUAAAUUGCGAAAUGUUGGCAUCUUUAUGCGAAACGAUAAGAACGAAGAAUAUUAUUACAAAUGCAUACAAUUCAGUAUGGAGUGUAUUGAUGCAAAGCCAUCAUAAAGGUGUAGUCAAUGAUUGUAGCACCUGUUUCAAUAGAAUAACGGCUUGUUGUAUGGUGAAUGAUUUCGGUGAUGUAGCAUAUCAGUAUCUCGAGAAAACGAAACGGUUGUCUGUGAAUCUUCAAUGCACGACUCGUAAUUUGGCAUUUUGCUUGGUGUUUAAGAUAUUUCAUGAAGUAUUGGGUAUUGGUAACAGUAUUAUUGACUUUAUGUUUGAAAAUGUCCGAGCAUGUAUGCCAAUAAUAGCUGUGCGACUAAUGAAAGUACUAAAAACUUUCCUAUAUACGGCAAGUUUUGAUGUGACUUAUUGCAGUGUAAAAAUUUUUAAAUCGGUGUUAGAUUUCUAUCGAACAGGUAACAGUAUGGUACGAAAUGCAGCUUGUCACUGCUAUGCUGCAUUGGUUCACAAACUCAUAGAUGAUACAGAAUAUGGGAUUUCCCUCUUUACAUUUAUCUUACGAUACAACUUAUUGUGGUAUGAAUAUUGCCAACAACUGGAACAAACAACAUCACACGAUCCAGCUUUAAUAUUGUUGCUUUCAUUACUGGAAAAAUUGCGCUUUGUGAGCGAAUCAUUUUACACUACAACUCAAUUAAAACAUCUGCAGUCGAUGAUAAAUAAACUUGUUUCUCUACUCGUAGUGAGCCCUAAUUUACGAAUCAAUCAUUUACUAGUAUCUUCUUUAUUACGUCUGACACCAUGUAGAAGAAGACUGACACACCGACUGAGAAGGAUCAUGGAACAUAAUUUGCCGUUGAAUAUUAAGACUGCUCUGAGCUAUGCUGUCUCAGAAUUAGAGGCAAUGGAAUUCCUGGACUUACCAUCCGAUUCACUUUAUUUUUUCUAUCCUCAUUCUACUGCUUUGCUGCCUAGUUUGAUUCAGAAAACUCAUAAAAUGCUGACUGAUAGCACUUUGGAGCUCUUUGAUCACUUUGGGACUUUACUUACGGAAAUUGAAAAACAUGCUUAUUCAUCAAAAGAAUUAUGGCGGUUGCAUGCGGCACAUGCUUUAGUGAUACUUUCGCGUACUUCAUGCAUCAUGUUGAUUCAUUUCCAUUCUUAUCGAUACAGGUUUAUAUCUUGUUGUCACUCGCUUCUGUCGGAUGAGGUUGAUUGUAUCAAGCGCGUUGCAUUCCGCGCGGUUAAUGCAUGCUGCGAUGGAACUAUCUUAUCCUAUUCGUGGAAUCCAGCUAUGAGAUUGAAGGCAUCAAUGUGUGUGUCAGAGGAUGCCCCAACAAACAAAUAG